AUGCCGCCGAAGCAGCAAUCAAAAGUAGAUUUAGCGAAGAAGCAGAAGAUCGUAGAAGACAAGACCUUCGGGCUCAAAAACAAAAACAAGAGCAAAAAUGUUCAAAAAUAUGUACAAUCCCUGAAGCAAAACGUGCAACCCCAACCCGAUGCCUCGAAACUCGCCGCCAAGAAAAAGAAAGAGGAAGAGAAGGCUAAAGAGAAGGAGCUAAAUGAACUGUUUAAAGUUGCUGUUAGCCAGCCCAAAGUUCCUGUUGGUGUCGAUCCAAAGUCGAUAGUGUGCGAGUUCUUCAAAGUAGGGCAAUGUGCUAAAGGUUUCAAAUGCAAGUUCUCACAUGAUUUGAAUGUUCAGCGAAAAGGAGAAAAGAUUGAUAUUUAUAGUGAUAAGCGUGACCAAGAUACAAUGGAGGAAUGGGACCAAGAAACAUUGGAGAAGGUCGUGGAGUCAAAGGGAAAAGAGUAUCAGCAGAAUAAACCUACUGAUAUUGUUUGCAAAUACUUUCUUGAAGCGGUGGAGAAGAAACAAUAUGGUUGGUUUUGGGUCUGCCCAAAUGGCGGUAAAGAUUGCCAUUAUCGGCAUGCUCUUCCGCCAGGGUAUCUUUUGAAAUCUCAGAUGAAGGCUUUAUUAGAAGAAGAGGCUGAAAAGAUCUCCAUUGAAGAGGAGAUUGAAAAUCAGCGUGCCAAAACAACAACUACAACCCCUAUGACUCCUGAGCUGUUCGUGCAAUGGAAGAAGAAAAAGAUGGAAGAAAGAGAUGCUGGUUUGGCUGCUCAGAGGGAUGAGAGGGCUAAGAAUGAUCGUAUGAGUGGUCGGGAGCUAUUUCUAUCAGAUGCCAGUGUGUUUGUGGAUGAUGUUGAGGCUUAUGAGAAAUAUCAAAGAGAGGAAGGGCCUGACAGUACUGAACAGAAGGUUGAUGAUAAAUCCACUGCUGAUGGACCAAGCUCCUCAGAAGCAGCUGUUGGUGAUGCUGAAGAUCUUCCUGAUGAUGACGACGAACUGGACAUGGAUGAGUUAAAUGAGCUGGAGGCAAGUUUAUCAAAAACAUCAAUCCAAAUUCAGGAGCGCAGUGGCAGUAACUAG